AUGGACACCUCUUCCAUUGUGUUUCUCGGCGCUGGAAAGUGCAAUGUGGUGGUGGAUCUGCCCAUGCGUUUGGUGCCGAGUUCCUUGAGCUCGGCAUCGCACCCUACUGGAGCUGCCACGCAGCGCGCAGCCCUGCGCAUCCGCAACGCGGCGGUAAAGGAGUGCUCAGAGUGCUACCGUGCGCUGGCGGCGUACGCGGGUCGGCGACGGGUCGUGCCGCUCCCCGCAGACCUCUACGCAGCCAUUGCAAGUAUUGUGCCGGCGAACUAUCACGCGCUAAUGCAAAACACAUCGGAGGCUACACUGGUGCCUAACUUCACCAGCGAUCCAGUGCAGCUGCUCCAGAUGGACAUGGCUGCCUCGGACGCAGCCGGGCGAGUGGCCGACUACACGGUGGAGGUAAAACCGAAAAGCGCGUGGCAGCCACCACAAGUUGUGGGUAUCGUGGCGGAUGGCGCUGUUCACUGGAUAGAGGAGUUGAAGCAUCGCCACUGCCGCUACGCGCAGAUGCUGCGGUACAAGGAGGUGCGCGACAUGGCGGAGGAGGCUCCGGCGUCUGUGGCCUCAGCAACCUCGCACGACUGUGUGCGCAGCGCUCAGUUGGGCAGCGGCCUCUACUGCCCGAACUACUUGUUUCGGCCCGCCCUCUCGUCACGCGCGGGGCUGCAGCGACUCAUGCACAACCCACAGAACAACCUGAAGGUGAUCAGCUACCACGCAUCCCGUAAGGGCACCCACCCAGGCAACCCGAAGACGCUGACGGUUGAGGAGUUGAACGGCAUCGCUGAUGCCAUUGACGCCUCACAGGUGCUAGCACCCUUGGCUCACCUGCAGCUGUACGGCUGCGCCCCUGAAAGCGCAGAUGCAUCGCCGGAAGAGAGCCAGUUGCGCUCGGUGCCCGUGCUGGACGCACAUCUGCUCUAUCACUGGUCUGUUGCUGAAAACAAAGAGGAUGUUCAAUGGAUCGUCCUGGACACAGACCCGGAGCUGCUCUGCAGCUGCACGUCGAUCACGGACGAGGACGCUUGCAAGCAAGCGAGUCGUGCAAGCCCUCGUUAUGUGCCGCCAACUUUGGACUACGCAAAAUGCCUCGAUCGCUUCUACGUCUCCACCACAGCCAAAGACGUGUCGCUGAUGAUUGCCGUUUCGUGCGGUAGGAGCCAGCCGGUGACGCACGCGAGCGAGUGCGCGGUUCUGACCAACGUGUCGCCGGAGGUGGACGGCGGCUGCUUUGUUCGCCGCGGCGCCGACGUUUACCGUAUCGGUGUGGUGGACCUGGACGCCAAAACGCACAAGUCUCUGUAUCACUACUACAUGCACGACAAGGCCAUUGUCAGCGCCUUCGUGGCCGGCGGUAGCAACAAGAGAGAGGCGUGA